AUGAUGUGGAACUGCUGUAAGAGAGAUGAUAGAUUGCUUUUCUCUCCUCAGUGCAAAUCAGAAAUUGAAAUAAACGAAGCACGUCUUGAGCAGUGUCAUGGCAAAGGAGUCUGGCUUAUAGAGUGUCUCUGGAAAUUUGGAGAGCUGGGAGCAGGAGAUGUGAUCGUGGUUCACAACUGCAGCUGGUUUGGGUUGAGUUCUGUCGUUACCAAUACAAGGCAGAUCGAAAUCAGCAAAAUCAACACCAAAGUCACUACUACAACAGGCAAAGUAUUAGGUGAACACAGCAAGAAGAGAACUGACAUUGUCCUGGUGGCUAAUCAUAAAGCGCAUGGUUUUGCUGUUCUACUAAUUGGCUUUUCACUCUGUCCUCAGAUGCCAAUAUUCGUUUAUCACGUCAUAUUCCUCCUGACACAUCUCCUUCCCUCGGAACGAUGA